AUGGCAUCCCACGUUGUCGUCAUCGCCACCGACCUGCGCCGGGCGACUGUCAAUGUCACUCCUGGGACAUAUCUCUCCGACGUUCUGGAUCAGGCUUGCAAGAAGCUCGGUCUCUCCAGCGACAAGUACCUACUCAAACACAAACAAAAGCAGGUCGAUCUCUCUUUGCCCUUCCGAACAUCAGGCCUAGCUGCAGGCGCAAAGCUCGAGCUCGUUCUUCGCUCCAACACCCCGUCCGCCGUACAAAUCGCUCUCCAGAUACCCCAACCCGAAGCUAAAGAAAUCCCAGGCGGUCGCUUAAUCAAAAAGUUCCCCUCCGACAUGACGCUGUGGAAAGUCAUGCGCCAGUUUGAAAGUGGUGAAGCGAGCGCGGGAAAGAAUGUCAACAUCACCGCGAGGGGUUAUGCGAAUACGACGAGCGGGAGUGGCCAGCUGUAUUAUGAAACCCCCGUCUUGAAUAUCAUGGGGAGGGAGUUUUCGACUUUUCCAGAGUUUCAGAAGACCUUGUUCCAGCUGGGGCAUAAUUCGGGCAAUGUGUUGAUUCGGUUAGGGUACAAAAAGACUGAACAGACGCUGGUUGAGGCCAUGGACAUGAUUAGUUCCUUCUUCAAAGACCAGGAUGAGGACGCGAAGCAGGGUGAAGCCAAGGCGGAGGCCAAGACGGAAGCCAAGGAAGUGCAUCAACCGCAGCAAGAUCAGCAGGAUACCUCCAUGGCAGACGGUGUGCCGGAACCGGCUGUCCCUCAAGAAGAUCCAUCACAGUCAAACCAGCCUGCCCUCUCGGCAGCACCGGUGGAACAAGAAGCUCCUCGAGACAACGGAGCAUCCCCUUCAUCCACAUCACAGGAUUCGUAUCAACCCGUCAAUGUCUUUCUGGCGCCAACAGGAGCCACGCCCGCGGCGGCAUUGGUGCCAGCCUCAGAGACCGACUUCAUCCCAACCGCCGCCCACGCUCAACUCCACCAAGCCCGACUUCUUGAGAGCACGCGGAACAAACGGCUCCUCUCAGACAAGGAACUGGAAGAGAAAGCCGCCGCUCAAGAGGCACGCAUCGCCUCCAUAAAGUCCAUCCUCGUCAGGGUGCGGUUCCCCGACAAUACCAGCAGCGAAUGGCAAGUCAGCCCCAGCGCGACGGGGGCGUUCUUGUACCAAGCCGUGCGACAUGUCAUGGCAGAUGCCACGCAGCAGUUUCAUCUCGUCCUCCCCGGCGGCAAGGACAUCAUUAAAGACGAUGGCGGGGAAAACCACAACCUCGUCAAGUCGUAUAAGCUAUCUGGCCGGGUACUCGUCAACUUAGUAUGGGAAGAUAGUGUCCCGGCACAUGUCAGAAAGCAGCCCUUCCUCAGAGCUAACGUCGCGAGGCAGGGACAAGCUGUCAAGGUGCCUGAUCUUCCAGCGGUCGAUGAUGCGCCUGAGCCGGGUCCUACCAAGGAGGCGGCAAAGUUAGAGGAUAAGAAGGACAAGGGGGAUGGGACGAAGAUCCCCAAGUGGUUCAAGCUGGGAAAGAAGUGA